AUGUCCACCCAACCUCUAUCCACAGCCGUGGGAUUUGAUCAUGUGUGCUUCGACGAAAAUGAACCUUCACAAGAAAAUCCACAAGAAAAUCCUGCAUCUUCCCAACCCCCAAAUAGACAUUUACAAGAAGCCCGACAAACAGACCAUAUAAAGCAACCCUACCGCUCCUUCAACGUAUUCAAAGAUAUAGCACUAGGCAUAUACGCCUUCAGCUUCAGUCUCCAAAUCCACCCAUCAGGAGGCAAAGCCCAAACACCAAGUCCAGUAUACCACACGCUGCGCAUCCCAUGGUACAAGCAGCGUCUGUACCUCCCCAGUCCAUUUGAUCUCUACGCCGGAGGCACGGUAGUGCGCAGCCGAAAGGAUCCCUCGCCGGACCGGCAAGACCAGCGCGCGCGGAUCCGCUACCACGGCAUCGAAGGCCUGUUUGGACUACAUGUUACUGCGGAGUUAUUCCACAUGGUAGAGUCUUCGGUGUUCAGGAACGAUCUUCCUGGAUCUGUGGCUGUUUCUUCACACCUGGUGGAGUAUUGCUCUGUUGAUAUUGUCCGCGAGGGUAUUGGGAGGACGUAUCGUGUUGAGGUUGUUAAUGAUGGGAUUGUGAAGACGUUUUAUUGGAAAGGGUCUAAGUCUGCGCUGGUUCGGUUUGAUGCUCGGGGUGGGGAUGGAGAUGCUGGUGACAAUAAUGGUAAUUUGAAGUUCUUUGCUGCUGAUCGGCCGGAUGAUGUUCUGGCUGUUUGGCAGAACCGGACGGAUAAACGGAUUCUGGGGUCUUUGGGUGUUAUUGCCGAGUUGGAUGCUGAGUCGGAUGGGGUUCUUGAGGGGCUCAUUGUUAGUUGUCUGGCUGUGGUUGUUGCAGAGAGAAUUUCUGGGCGUGGAUGGCUUGGUGGACUGGGGAAAUCUAAGAGAUCUUGA